ACAUCUCCCGCGCCAGCCCGCAAUCGGCCCGCGGUGAGUGCAAGCGGCCCCCACUCCGCGCAGCGCCGGUUGCCGAGCGCCGCCCCUCACAUUCCUCCAUAAGCGAGGAGUGCGAGCACUACAUAUAUGUUGCUCCAAGUGCUCUUCCUGGCCCUCUCGCCCCGAAUCGCCCGACCGCUCGCUGCCAGCCGCGCACGCCUGCCCUUGUGCGACGCGUCCGAUCCCUCACGGAAUACGGAGGCGAUGCUCAUGUCGGUGGAGGUGCCUGACGGCAUGUCUGGCGGUAUGCCGCUGCAGGUCCAGACGCCGGCGGGCCUCAUGCAAGUUCUUAUCCCGCCAGAGAUGCGGGCGGGAGACGCCUUCCAGAUCCAAGUCCCCGCCACUCCGCAGCCUGUCGCCACGCCGCGGCUCCCGACGCGCCAGCAGUCGCCUCCGACCGCGCCGCCGCCGAGCGAUCCGCAGCCCACCUCGCGGCAGCCAGCCACGCCGACGCCGCCAGCGGCGGAGCUGCAGGCGCCGCCACUCGCCACAGCACCACCUCGCAACGUGCCGCUGCCCGCGCCGCCUCCUUCGCCGCCGCUGCCUUCGCCGUCGCCCGUGAGGACCAUUGCGCCGCCGUCGGCGCCUCGCCUCGCGGCGGCGGAGGCCUCGUCCACUCGCCUCGGAGGGCGGCUGCUCGGCGCGGGGCUGGGCGGGUACGCGGGCGGCGCGCUCUUCGCCGGCCUCCAGCGCACCGGCCUCACCGCUUGCACGCCGUUCCACCCGGCGGGCUGCAGCGGCCUCCUCGAGCAGCAGCAGCAGCAGCAGCAGCAGCUGGGGCAGCAGCUGGGGCAGCAGCUGGGGUCGACUACCCAAGGCGGCGGGCCUGGCCUCGUCCUCGCCGCACUCGUCUUCUCUCUGCUCGGCGCGGCGCUGCUGGAGAGCCUCGCGACGACGGAGGAGGCGCCGCUGCCCGACCCUUUGAUGGGGGCGGCGUGGGGCGGGCUGCACACGCUCGCGCGCGGGCCGAGCAAGGCUGUCGGCGGUGCCGCGGCUUGGGCCAUCGAGGCUGCAAGGGAGGCCUCGCCGCUGUGAGGCACGCUCACGCUGUCCUACUCGCAUCUCGCAUGCGGCUCUACGGUUCUACGCAACUAUGGCUCUGUCCUCUGAGCACCACCGCCGCCAACACGGGGAUCUGAGGAAGAGGGGAGGAGGGAGCGGGCGUGUCAGACGAGUGUCACUCGCUCGAGACAUCGAUGUUGGGGCGCCGUUUAGCGUUUAAAACUCCCCAAUGAAG